UAGAGCCUUUAGGACAAAAAUCAUUCAGUAAUGUAACAGGUGUCAACGGUAUUGAAAACAAUCUCUUGGUAUGAUAGUUUUAAACUCUAUUCCCCUACCAAAUGCGCUUUUCCGUAAUAUAUAGUAAUAUUAAAGUAACUGUAUACGCCACUGUGAUGGACUUCUACAAUGUGAGGAAUAUUAAAGUCUCAUCAAGUAUUUGACGACAGAAUCAAAUACAUUUGUUUGGAAGCAUGUCCAUAUAUGGAUAGAAUAUAAGCCGUCUUCAAUGUGUGGUCAACAUGGUGGAAAAGAUCUAUAUAUUUGGUUUCUGUAUAGCCCUAGCGAUAGCAUUCAUAGUGCUUUCUUUAAGUUGGACUGAACUUUACCAAGUAGAAUUAAGGCCUUCGCCGAUGCAAAAGAAUCGUUCGUUUCGAGUGUUGUUCCCAGAUGUGCAUUUCCAGCUCACCAGUCGGCCAGAUGCGAUGAUGAACGACUUUUCACAGUGUCAAUAUAACAACUGUAUUUUGACACACAGUAUGUCUGAGCGGCCACAAAGUGAUGCGUUGAUUAUAACUGGUCGCCGGAUUGGUCAUUUUAAGACACCAUUUCCAAGGACGCCUGAACAGAUCUGGAUAUUUCACCAAAUAGAAAGUUCACAGCACUAUGACUAUGAAGGCACUGAAUGGAGAACUGAUCCAGGUUGGAGAUACGGAUUUAACUGGUCCAUGACAUAUGAUAACAUUAACACUGACGUUCAGUUUCCAUAUGGCGGUAUAACUACAAAACUGAUUAAAACGGUGAGAAAUUACACAAAAAUUGCCCUCGGAAAAACAAAAGAUGCGCUGCUUGUCAGUUCGCAUUGCGGUAAUUCAGCAAAGAGAGAAAUAUAUGCAAAACAGUUACAAAAAUACAUCACUGUGGAUAUAUUUGGUGGGUGUGGGCAGAAAUGGAAUUGCGGACAACUUUAUGUACAUGACUCAUGUUUUGGCAUUCUUAAUACAACAUACAGAUAUUUUCUCGCUUUUGAAAACUCAUUGUGUCGAAGUUAUUUCACGGAGAAAUUGUUUGAAAACUUCAACUACGAUGUCCUUAUCGUCACGCGCGGUGGAGAAUACGGGCAAGCAACAAAACUUUUCCCCAAAGGAUCAGUUAUUAGCACGGAUUCGUUUGAGAGCGCUGACACCCUUGGUAAAUAUCUUUCAGAAAUUUCAGCGUCCAUUCAAAAAUAUGCAUCGCUUCUUCAAGCAAAGGAUCAAUACGAAGCGAUAUCUUACAAGGCUACAUAUCAGAAGGCGCUGUGUCAGAUUUGCGAGAUGUUGAACAACCAGGACAAAUACCGUCGACACAUCCCUGAUACUUACAACUGGACCUACAGUCAGCAUCCGUGUAGGCAGCCGACGGAUUUACCUUGACAAUCUGUAUUGUUUAAAAGUUUAGCGUGUUGUUAAAAUGAGUUAAAAAUAAAACUCAUUGCUAUCCCUCAAUCAACAUCUUAAAAAAACGACUCAAUUAACAAGGUUUUUGCUAUUUAAAAUGUAUAUCGACCCAGGUAAUCGUUUCCUCACACCUUUACAUUCUUUUGUCAAAAUUCACUUUCUUUUUCAAAAAAACUGAUGAGAAGAUGUUCAAUAUUUUACGCUUUGUACGUUGUAUUCGUACACAGGUUUUAAACCAUUUUCGUUUUAUCGAAACUAUUGUGUUCACGCACACUACACAAUAGGUAUACACGAUAACGUUACAAAUAUGUCUGCUAAAUUGUUUGUAGAAUUUAAUUAAUAUAUGCGCAAUUAUGCAUAAAGGCAUUCUAUAAGGUAUACCAGUUUUAUCAUCUUAAUAAUACAGUUAACAAUAUA